AUGGCGGAUUCCUCUUCUUCGCCAUCGGAGAGUCUCCGUGUUCCAGCUGAAACUGCAACGCCUUUUGCGACGGCAGCAGCGCCGGUAGUUGCGGAAGCAGCAUCGCGCGUCCACUUCAGAACACUAACAGUGGCAGCAUCUAUGCGCUCAAGAUGUUCAAGCAUGAGGAAGGCGCUGGAAAGCGAUUUGGCAGACGAUGAGCGCUCUUCGUCAACAGGGGAGGAGCACUCUGUUAGAAUGAAAGUAGCGGCGACACCAAGUAAGCCGCCGUCUCGCCCGAAAGUUCCCGCUUGGAAGGGUCGGUUCACGGGCCCUGAUGCCUCCAAGCUUGCAUCCACAAUCGGGAGGCUACAGGACAGCGUUCAGGUGACCACGCUCAGCGAUAUCCCGGACGUCGGCAUCACCAUCUUCGAGAGUGACCGCACCAAGGUCUGUCCACUUCAGAGCACUACCAGUGGCAGCAUCCAUGCGCUCAAGAUGUUCAAGUAUGAGGAAGGCGCUGUGAGGAGGAGAAUUCGAUGGCAGCAGCUCAUGGGUGAGCUCACCACGCAUAUGUUCCUGGCCAAAGACGCGUGCCCGUUCAUCGCCAGCACUCUACAGGUCAUGUACGAUAUUCCCAGUGCCGGGGUAAUGUGCACCGAGAUAGAGUACUUCGACCGUGGAGACCUCGGAAAAGCCAUGACCGAGAUUGGAUACGAAGAUCGCCUCGUGCUGUGUCAAGAUGUGGCGAAAGGACUCGACUACAUUCACAGACGCGGUAUUGUCCAUUCCGAUAUCAAGCUGGGCAAUGUUGGAGUGAAACGAGUAGAGGACGGAGGCGAUGGACGCACCCUGCGCGCCAAACUCAUCGACUUUGGUUCGGCAAAGGCCACCGGAAAACUUGUACUAGCAGGACAUGGGUUUGGCAAUACUUGGAAGUACACCGGCCCAGAGAUCGUAAACGCUGCAUCAAGAGCACGCGUACCCCUCGUGCCUUCGUUCGACAUGUGGGCCUUCGGCAUCACGGUCCUGCACGUUCUCACGCGAUGCGACAAGCCGCCAUGGCCCAAAGCCUCCAACAGCGAUCCCAAUUACGCGUUUUUCGCCAAAAGUGAAAGUAAGCUUAGCAGCUAUGGUACACAGCUGAGAUUCCUGGGGGAGGAAUACAACGACCUCUGUCCCUUCGGUAACGUCCUGGUCAGCCACCUUCUUCGCAUUAACCCUGUUGAGCGAAUCAGCCCGUGGCAAGUAGUUCUGAAGAUUAAUGAGGAGCUGGAGUCAUGA